AUGGACUUCCUCGUCGGCUCCUUCAAUCAACCCAGCCUCUACCUCUUCACCUUCGAUCCCUCCACUUCCACCCUCCACCUCACCAAAGAACACCCCGCAAUCGGCGGCCACUCCUGGCUCUCCCUCUCGCAGGACAAAACCAAUUUAUACUGCACAGCCUGGACCGCGCAACCCUCCAUCGCCAGCUACCAAAUCCUAUCAGGAGGCCACGAAAUCCGCCAUCUCAACACCAAAACCGUCAAAUCCACUUCUGGUUACGUCUGCAACAAUUCCACCCACGUAUUUUCCGUCUCCGGCCCUUCCGGUGAAGUCUUUCGCAAAAAUAAAUCCGAUAGCGGCUCUCUGGGAAAUCUCGUGCAAGAACUGGAUUUCGUGACAGAUCAAGGAGCGAAUCAAUCCGCCGCACGAGGAGAAGUGGCACAUGGAGAUUUUGGGGGAUUACGACAUGGAGCGCACAGCGUAGACAUUUCUCCGGAUGGGAAAUCGCUCUUUGUGGCGGAUAUUGGUAGGAAUUGUAUUUGGACGUACAAAAUCACGCACGAGACUGAAGGCGUGGAUGAUCCUCCUUUGGAGUUUGGGACUAAACAUAUUGCGCCGCGCAGUCACGAUGGUCCGAGACAUACGUGGCCGCAUCCGAGUGGCAAGAUUCUGUAUUCGUUGCAGGAACACAGUAGCAUGGUGGAUGUCUUCUCCAUUGCCGAUGACGGAGUCACGUUGAAGCAUAUUCAAGGAUGCUCCAUCCUCCCGGCUGGGAAGGAUUGCAAGAAUUACUGGGCUGAUGAAGUUCGAUACUCCACGGGACCGGAUGCUGCGAAGCCGCGUUACCUGUACGCAUCGAACCGUGGAUUGGAAAAGGGUACCAAGGGCUACGUGGCGGCUUAUAAGCUCGCCGAGGAUGGAACGCUCGAGAGUGAAGAGGCCGUUGAUAUCUGGGAAACGCCAACGAGUGGUGGCAUUGCGAAUGCCAUCGAGCCCGCGCCUUGGAAGGUAGAACACGGCGACAAGGAAUACCUUGCGCUGUGUGAUAGCGAGGAGGGCUGGGUUUCUAUCCUCUCCUUUGAUGGGAAAGUGAUACAGGAAGUGUCCAAGGUCAAUUUGGGAAAGGCGAAAGAUGGCAAGGUGGUUGGCGCCGCUACGCCAGUAUGGCUAUAG